UAGUUGUGUUUCAUUCUCUGUGGUGUUUCACACAGGAAACACUCAGCGGCACUCGUCGGCACUGAAGAACUGAACAUGGUUCUUUUCAAAGUGCUUGUAUUCACCUUAACUUUUCAUAAAAUCAUUGUUGAUUUGGAUGCCAGGACAAUUUGCCCAAAAGGUCAUAGAGUAACUAAAAGUGGAACAAGUUGUGAAAUCUGCCCCAGUGAAGCUUUCCAGCCUGAAGAGAAGGAUUCCCAAUUCUGCAAAGCAUGUACAAAGUGUGAUUUCGAGUCGGGAAGUAUUGUUAAGGAGGAGUGCACAAAAGAGACAAACACUAAAUGUCAGUGCCGUGGAGAAUUUGUUCCCUGGGAAAGUGAUUCUUCCACAUGCAGAUGUGGCAUUGGAUUUGGGCUGAAACGUGACGGUACAGAAUGUUCAAAAUGUGAAGAUGGAUAUUUCAGUACACAAAUCAACUCGUGCUGUCAAAAAUGGAGAGAAUGUAAAUGUGGAGUGAAAAUGAAUGGAACCAGAUCUUCAGAUGUCCUCUGUAAUUUCGAGUUACAGGGGUGUAGUGGUGCAAGUAAUACAUACAUCACUCCACCAAGUAACACUUAUAUCAUUACGGCCACCACAUCAAACAAACUGGUUUCUCUCAUCACACGCUUAACAUCCCACCAUUCAAACGAGAGGGCCCAAACUCAAAGGAUGGAUACUAUCGCCACCACGGCUGCUCCAGGACACACAGACGCCUACAUUGCUACAGGUGUGGCCUUCCUCAUACUUGGAAUUAUUGGACUGCUUGUACUGACCGCUGUGAUCGGCAAGCUGCACAUGACUCCUCAACCAAUCGCACUAAAAAAUGACUCAUUGUGUCGGAGGCCAGUUGAGGAAAGCGGCGAGGGCAGUCUGUCCUCUCUCAAACUGAAUCCAGGGGAGCACUAAGGUCUCAAAUGAAUCUGUCAACUAAGACUGUGAAUUAUUAGAUCAGAUAAUCAUCACAUGAAUAAUUUACAACCACUUAUAAUUUCCUUGAAUUGUUGGUUUUACAUUAGAAGAUAUAGCCACAUGAGAAAGACUGCUUACUGUGUCUGUAUUGUAGCAGGUGCAUGCAGUAUGGUCAAUAUUUCACUUUUGUUUGUUCUGUUGUAAUAGAAUAUUGUGCAAAUUAUGUGAAAGAAACUUUUUGUAAUUUAACCGUAGGUCAGUUUAUAGUUAGAUAGAAAAAGGUAGCUUUUACUACUGAAGGUGUAAUUUUUUCUUUAGUAAGAUCAUUUUACUCAAAUUUACUUUCUGUGUAUCCUUGAUAUUUAUAAAAAUUUGCAGAUUUUUGUAGUUGUCCUUGUUGCCCUAGAUAAAAUGCAUAUAUACAUAUAUUUUGAUGCUUUUUCAAGCUUUAUGACUUUAUAUAUAGUGAUCUGGUUUAAUGGGGCAAGUGACACAAAUCUGAGAAAUAUACAUCAUGAACAGUAUUGUAAUAAAGGUAACAAUCAAUGCUAUGAUUAUGAAUGGCUGGAGAGCCUGAGAUGAAUACAUUUUACUAUCUUCCCGGAGUCUGUCUGUCUAUAUUUUUGUCAUGUUUUAAUGAUUCUGUUCCACCAGUCUCAGAUAUUUAAAGAGAACAUGCUUUCAGUGGUGUGUGGGGUUGGGGGAGAUCCCCUUGUGCUUCUUUUUUCCGACUAGCUCUCAUGUUUUUGUUUCAGCCGUUGGAAAGAUUAAUGUCGUAAACGUACAGACUUUCAUGUUGUUUAUACCUCACUGCAGACUUUCCCCAGAUCAGUACAGUCAGAGGAGUUAUGAAAGCAUACCAUCAUUAUUUCUAUCCACUAAUGUUUUGCUAAGAAAUCAGAUAAACAAGCUUUCAAAUCGCGGCUUGGUGUGUAUCUGGCUGGCUCCUUGUGACUAAAUCUACUUGGUAAAGCUUUAAUUUCGUUACAGCUCACUGAUUCCUUUGUCCGCACCCUCUGUUGGAAUAAACUAAAAAGUCUUAGUUAAAAACUGUGGCGAACAAAGUAUAAUUUACUUUGGUACAAUACAUCAAUACAACACUGUAAACAUAUUAUGUCACAAGUAAAAAAUACAGAUGUUUUAGCAGUUAAAUGUGAAUGUGAAAGUAUGAAAAGUAAAAAAGGACUCUACAGAAUUUAAUUAGGCAAUUAUCAUAUACCAUAUUACCAUAUAAUAAGGAACCAAAAUGUGUUGUAUUUUUAUAAAUUCAGCAUAUAUUUGUUUUAGAUAAAAAUCUUAAUCUGAAAAGUAACUGUAGAAGCAAAAUAAAAGUAAUGGAUAGGGAAGUUAAAAGUGCAAUGCUGCCCUCUAAAACAUAAUGGAGUAGAACUAUUAAGUAUCAUAUGACUAAUGGAGUAGAACUAUGAAGUAUCAUACAACAGUAUACUUACUAAUUUUCUUCACUGUUGAAACAACAACAACAUAGUUGCUAUAUGACUGUUAUUGUAAAGCACGUUUGUUGGUUAAACAUUUUGUCACAAAACAUACUGAUGUCC